GGGUUCUUACAUGUGUAUAGGAAUAAAAUAACUUUUGUGGUUAAUAAUGUUGUGUUCAUUAGUCGUGGAAUUUGAUUUUAAACAGUUUUUGACAUUUAAAAUGGGGAUGGUAUUGUUUUCAAGGAUGUACUAGCCUACUUGUAAUAAAUGUAGAAGGCUUAUUAAGCAGACAAACAUCUGAUGAAGAUGAUGAUGUAAACUACAUACAUGUUGAAGCAGAAGGCAAGUCUAGUCCAUCCACUGCCAAGAUAUAAAUAACAACCAGAUAGGAUGUCGAAAGUUCAUUACGCAUAACAUUUGUCAUAAUCUACAAUAUACAUAAUACAUACACUACAGUCCUACACAUGUGGAAAGAAGGAGUCAUUAGGGAUGGGAAUGGACUUCUGUUUAUUAUAGAUUGUUUCGUGUGUGUAUAGUUUACGAGACAAACUAACGAAGCUAAUUAUAAAGGAUACUACAUAUUAUGACUGCCUGACCAAAGGAAUACAUAGUAUACAUAAAAUUUGCAAAUAAGAUUUAUCGUGUAAAUCAAACUGAAGAAAAGAUUUCCUACGUGAAUUUGGAUUUAGUUUGAUUUGUGGUAGUUUUUGUGCAGAUAUAAUCUCAGACAUUAAAACUGACCAAAUUACUUAUUUGAUAUCAAAUAGUGUUGGUAGCUUUUCAUAAGGUAUGAAGUGUAGCGUGUGUAGUGAAAUAAAAUGUCUAAUUUAGAGACAAUACAUGCAGGGUAUGUGUUAGAUACAUGUGUUAACACUAACAGUCCACUUCUGACAGACAAACCACCAGGAUCGUGGCAUCGGAUUGCACGUUGGAGUAGAUUAUGGCGUUUUAUACAUGAGGGGGAAAGUGAAACCUGUACAGAAAUAAUCCUUGAUCCUGACCUUGAUCCAAGCUCUGAACUUGACCCAAGGGUUAAAAAAUUCCUCAUGGAUCGUUCCAUUUUAAAAGUUCACCUGCCUAAUGGAGGUUUUAAUAUGGUGAAAUAUGGAGAUGCCACAGAUAUAAAGGAUAUUAUUAAACUGGUUGUCGGAAGAUUAGCUGCUGGUGUCAGAUUUUACGCAAAAUGUUACGCAUUAAAACUUGUUCAUACCCAAUCCCGUGAGAAUUAUUGGCUGCAUAACAACCUCACAAUGUACCAAGUUCGACAGAAAUAUGAAGCUAAACAUCCCCCUGAAGAAUGGAGGACAGAGUUACGUGUUCGAUACCUUCCUAAAAACUUUCAGGAUUUAUAUGCCAAAGAUAAAGUUACAUUCUACUAUUUAUAUGAUCAGAUACGGAAUGACUAUAUGAGAGAUAUAGCAGAACAUAUUGAUCAUGAUGUAGCUGUUAAACUUGCUUGUAUAGAAAUGAGACGCUUUUUCAAAGAUAUGCCACAGGUAGCAUUAGAUAAAAAGUCUAAUUUUGAUUAUUUAGAAAAAGAAGUUGGUUUAAAACGAUUUUUACCGAAGACCGUUAUAGAUACUAUGAAGUCCAAACAGCUACGCAAACUUAUACAACACCAUUUUCGUCAAUAUGCACAAUUAACAGAGUCAGAGUGUGUGUAUAAAUUUUUUGAAACAUUGUUUAUAGUUAGUAAAUUUAAUCAGGAAAGAUUCAAGUGUGCUUUAGGGUCUGGGUGGAGUAUUUAUGUUGAAAUAGUUGUUGGUCCGGACUGUGGUAUUAGUUAUCUUACAGAAAAAGCCUCAUCGCCAACACAUAUGGCUGAUUUUGCUCAGGUUCAGUCAAUACAGACAGUAGGUAGUGAAGAUGGAAAGGGAAUAUUACAAUUGAAAAUAGCGGGAGCUGCUGAGCCUCUUAUGAUAACAUGUGUUACAUUAGAUAUAGCGGAGGAUGUAGCAGAUCUAAUAGAUGGUUAUUGUCGUCUAGUUCAUGACAUGCAGGGAACUUUAUGGACUAAAAAAGAUGAUACAUUGCCAUUGCGUAAAGCCUACAUAAGUUUAAACUACGACUCGGAUGACGAAGGAGAAGAUACUAGUAGUGACAGUGAAGGGGACACCAUUCCAAGAACCCCAAUAGCUAGUUUACAAAAAUAUGCAAUUACGGAAAGAGUGGAGGAACCACAGAGUCCUAAUGAACGAAUUUCGGAUUAUGCUGAAAUUGUGGAAGAUGAAGGGGACUAUAGCACACCAGAUGGAAAAUCAAAUACAUUGAGGAAUUCCAAGAAAAGAAAAUCUCGUGAUUAUGAAAUUAUCCGAGAUGCUAUAAAGUUAGUAGAGAUACUAGGUGAAGGACAGUUCGGAGAUGUUUAUAAAGGAAUCUUUUUAGAUAGGGAGAAACAACAAGUGCAUAUAGCUGUUAAAACAUGUAAGGAAGAAAAUGAAGAAUCAAUGACAGAGAAAUUUUUAGAAGAAGCUUACAUCAUGCAGCAAUUUGAUCAUCCACAUAUAAUUAAAUUGAUUGGUAUUUGUUCGGAAGUAAGACCUGUCUGGAUUGUAAUGGAAUUAGCCAAACACGGAGAGAUGAGAGCAUAUUUACAAUCUAAUAAACCACAGUUAGAUCUAGUUACACUUAUUAUGUAUGCCUAUCAACUAAGUACAGCUCUGUCAUAUUUAGAAAGUAAAAAAUUUGUACAUAGAGAUAUUGCGGCUCGUAAUGUGUUGGUAUCGUCACAUGAUUGUGUUAAAUUAGGUGACUUUGGUUUAUCAAGAUGGGUUGAAGAACAAAGUUAUUAUAAAGCAUCAAAAGGUAAACUUCCAAUAAAAUGGAUGGCACCAGAAUCUAUCAACUUUCGACGUUUUACUGCUGCUAGUGAUGUGUGGAUGUUUGGUGUUUGUAUCUGGGAAAUUUUAAUGUACGGAGUAAAACCAUUCCAAGGAGUUAAAAACAACGAUGUCAUUGGUAAAAUAGAGGCUGGCGAAAGAUUACCACUUCCUGUAGAAUGCCCACCAUCUUUAUAUAAUUUAAUGUGUGCCUGUUGGCAAUAUGAACCUUCUAAACGACCUUCAUUUGCUGAUCUCAAAACAUGGCUAUAUGAAAUUGUGGAUGAGGAGAGAUCACGUCAAGUAGACGAAAUUCGUCGUGGUAACAGAAGAAUACAAGCUAUUUCAUGGGGAUCAAAUGGUUCAGAUGAAGAUCCACCACCUAAACCAGCUAGACCUAAUUAUCCUAAUGGAUCAAACGCUAACCUCAAUAUGAAUGCCAGUGUCGCCUCCAUUCCAAAUCAAUGGAACAGUAACUCCAAUCUACCAUUGGGUCACAGUACCCCUGUUUCAGGGCCAUCUCCUAACACAGACCAGAUAAAGAUGAGAGGGAGGGGUGUAGAACAAUUUGGCGUGUCACAACAACAACAACAUGGCUACUUUCCUUCUACUACUGGUUAUACUCAGGUUUCUACGGCUAGUAACCCUCCAGGCUUUUCUAUAUCCGGAAUUACCUCCCCUUAUCAAGAAAAUCAAUCCCAGCAUCUUAUCGCUAGUGGUCACUAUCAAGCACCUUCACAACGAGAUUCCCCACAGCCAAGAGAAUCACAAGUGCUUGGUCCUAUUUCACCCAGCUUCCCACCACACAGUCAGGAUGUUCGACCACACAGUCACAUCACAGAGGUAGAUGAAAAAUUCAUAGCUGAAAAAUUACGUCAACAACAAAGAGAUUCAGAAGUAGAUGCAAGAUGGCUUCGAUCAGAGGAGAAAAAUCUGAGAAGAGAGAAAUUUGCAACUCAUAUGGUACAAGGUGAUGAAGAUAGUGAUAGUACUAAAGAGAAUUCGCCACCAGUACAGCCAGCAUAUCAAAUACGUCAUGCACCAGUUAGAGUUGCCAGUCAAUCUUCUAGUAGGAGCAGUAGUACAAGUGAAUCAACUGAUUUAGGUCAACAAUUAUCACAAAGGGCCAGUGAUAUAGAUAGAUCAAAUGAUGGUGUAUAUGACAGUACAACAAGUGUAGUUAGAUCUGUUAUGAGUAUGACUAAAGAAGCUCAGACUGCUAAAUCAGAUGAAUAUGUAGAUUUAGUUAAGAAAGUUGGAUUAGAUUUGCGAGGUUUAUUGGCUAAUGUUGAUUCCCUACUGACUAAAAUACCAUCUGAUAAACAUAGAGAGAUUCAGAUGGCCCAGAAAGUUUUAAGUACAGACAUGGGAACUUUAAUAAGCACCAUGAAACUAGCCCAACAGUACAGUAAAACAACCAUGGAUGUGGAAUAUCGCAAAGGAAUGCUCAAAGCCGCUCAUGUGCUCGCCAUGGACUCGAAAAAUCUUCUAGAUGUUGUUGACCAUGCUAGAGUUGAAUCAGGUGUUUUCAGCUGAUAGUUUAAAGCAACAAUACUAGUAUUUUAGAAUUUUCUCAUCUAAAGUGGCAGCAAUGAGAGGGCUUUUUUGAUUGGUUUAUAUACAAUGAUACCAGCAACAAGUGCCAAUAACAACAAUGAAAAAUAUGCUAAGGAACCAAUCAAACUGAAUGUUGAAAUAAUCAUGUGAAUAUGGUGCAAAUGGAAAAUUAUUUGUUUAUGAUUUACAUGUGUAGAAUUCAAGAGAAAGUGUGUUUUAAGAAUUAGGACAAAAAAAAACAUUGUAAAAAUAAAAAAAUAGUUAUAUUUUCUUUGCAUGGCUUUUGCAAAUUGUAUACUUCAAAAAUGAAAGUAAUUUUCUCAUUGCUUUUGGUGCUUAGACAUAUCAUGCUAAUUAAGCCAUUCAUGUGCAUGAAAAAGAUAUUAGCUUGUGCUAUCAUAAAAUGAUAAGUUAGAAUUAAAGCUUUUGUAUUCUAAAAUAAGAGAUUCAUAGUUCAUUAUAAAAAAGUCAUUCUGUCAUGGGUGACUGAAAGAUAUGUGUUUGGAAUAUGUGUAAAAAAAAAAAAAUUCCUGCUAAAUAUGAGAAUAUCUGAUUCGGUAUGUUAUACCAAACAUAGAUGACAAAGAUUGAAAAAUGGCUUAUCAAUGAGAUAUUUUAAUACUAUAUUUGUUAUAUACAUGUAGAUGUAGAUCACAUAAAGGAUAAAAAUAACAAUAUAUUAAAAAUAAUGCAUAGAAAUAUUCUAACUCUCUCCUCGAACUAAUAAAAGUUUCAAGGGUUUCAUUUUCCUUUCCCAACAACAACUUUUCAUCCAACUUUAUCUAUUUAAAAUAUUAUGUUGUUAUAUUUGUGUGUAUAAUGUUAUUUGUAAAUAACUGUUUUGUUUAUUCUUAUCUCCCUUUUUUAAUAAUUGUUCAUAAGUCAUUCAUCAAUAUGUAUAUUAUGUUUUUAGUUUGUUUUUAAGUUCCAUAGAGAUAGAGAUAUUUACUAGCCUUAGAUCUCUUUUGUAUAUUUGUUUUUAUUUUUUCAAAUUAAUGGGAAAAAAACGAUCUUCCUUCUAAUUUUGUUUUCUGUAGAAAUAAUGUUAAAAUUUUGAUUUAGAAUUGAAAAUAGUUCUAUUAUAUUUAAAUUAUUUAUUAAUAUCCUUCAAAUAAUGUUAUUCAUAUUAUAUAUAUACAAAAAAAAAUGAAGUCCCAGUAUAUUUAUGUAAGGUUACAAUAUUAUAUAAUAGAAAAUACCUAACUCAAGUCAUUAUACAUAUAGAAAUAAUAUAGAAAUAAUAUAUAUUAUCAAUUUUAUAACAGUAUUAAACAUAGAUAUGUGCAAAGAAGUCUUUGGGAUUAAUAUCACCCAUUUGAUGACUUAAAUUCUUUAUUCAUUUUCUAAGGGACUCCGCUCUAAAAUUAAUCGGUUAAAUAAGAAAGUUAUUCUGCAACAUCACAAAAUUAAUAAACGCAGUGGAGUAAUGGAUUCCGUGGAAAAUUUCCUUGAGAAUAAGGGAUAAAGAUUAAUUAACUAAGUAAUAAAUAACAUUGUAUUAUCUAAUCAAAAUAACUGUUAUAUCACUAUUUCUCUGUUAAAACUUCUAUAGCUUAUGGUUUGCUGCCUUCAAACUGUGAAAUCUAGGUUGUGAAGAAAGAAAAAAAAAAGGGCUGAUUUAUAUUUUUAAAUUAAACGUACAUGUAAGUCAUAUUUUAGUCUGGAAAUAUAUUUUGCUACAAUAUUUUUGUCCAGUCUUGUUUGUAUUAAAAAAAUAUGUGUUAUAUACUAGUACCAGUUGUCAAUACUCCUCAUUAUAACUCUACUGGUUUGUUUUAACUCUUCCAACAUAGUCGAUGUUGCACUUUUUGGAAGCUCUGUGUAAAUUGUAGCUGUAUUUUUUCUCAUUAGCUGCAAAUAUUUCCUUUUAUCUUAUUAAUGGAUAUAGAAUUUACCUCUUUUUUAUUGCAGAAGGAGAAAUUGUAACAUUUGCUGUUCCAAGUCACGAUUUUAUAUUACAUAGCUAAAAAUUGCAAAAGACGAAUGUCUUAAUUGAUUUUGACUUGUAGUAGCAAACAUUACAUUGCAAAUGGUUAAUUGUUAAAUGUUUUUCCUUUGAUAGAAAAUCUAUCUUAAUUUAAAGAUUUCUGCUUCAUGUAGUAGUAAUAGCAGAUAGCUGUAGUGUUUUAAAAGAAAUUAUACAUCUUUCAUCAACCAUUGCAUUAUCAUAAUUUAGUAUAUUAGUAUGGUUAAAGGUGUAUUUGAUAGAAUAUUCUGGAAGUCUAUUCUCUCAAUCCUGCGCACAAUGACAUAUGACAAAGAAUGUACCAACAGAUUAAGAAAAUAUCUCUUCCAAUCACCACUGCUGAAACAUGUUGGUCCUGAUUAUGUCACAAUUCUACUUGCACUGCAGCUGUUUAAAGGAUUGACAGAAAUUUCAGACCAUUCAAAAUGUUCUGGAUUUGCAACUGAGCACCCCUUUCAGAAAUUACAAAGAUUUGAAAUAUAGUCUAUACACAGAAAUCACAACCAAUGUACACUGUAUUUUAUAAUUAAUUUUGACUUUUUAAGUUCAAAUGUAUUUUGAUGUUGUAUAUAAAAUCCAAAGGUUGAAUAAAAAGAAAACUUUGCAAAAUUAAAA